AUUGUAAGCGCUAACGACCCCAUCAUCAGGUCCAUUGAACCGCCGGAAUCAAGGCCGACGACGAUCGUCUAAAUCCAGGGUCGUUCACGGCCCAAAGUUUCCCUUGUUGACAGAGGAUGACAUUUGGUAUGAUCCACCCUAAUAAGAAACAAUUGACCACUGGUCCGUCCCUCCCCUCCCUUGGGAGAUACCACUGUGGUAUAGGGGUGUUCUCGCCCCAGUACCACUAACGUGAUGCUCAUUGUAGCAGAAUUGCAUCGCGCCGGGUUGUGUGGAGCAGGUCGGCAUCACGGUGUUUGAGGGGUGGGGUUCGAUCCAGUGAUAAUACCAGCGGACAGAAGGUGUACGAAUAGACCAAAGCACCACACAGAGAAGGGGAGAGAUUGCAACUGAGGAGGAAUAAAACGGUCCAUGCUACCGUUCCAUGCUACCGUUGCCCUGUAGCUUCCAUGCUACCGUCUGAAGGCCUGUUGUUCCCUGGCUAGCAUGAAAGGUGACACACCCGUGAACAGCACCAUGAGCGUAGGACAAGCCCGCAAACUGGUGGAGCAGCUGAAGAUCGAGGCCAGCUUCUGCAGGAUCAAGGUGUCCAAGGCGGCGGCGGACCUCAUGGCCUACUGCGACGCCCACAUCCACGACGACCCCCUGAUCACCCCCGUGCCCACCUCCGAGAACCCCUUCAGGGAGAAGAAGUUCUUCUGCGCCCUGCUUUGAAACCGGGGAGGGGCUGGAGGGUGGGGGACUGUACACACGUGGUGGGGUGGGGUGUACAAGAGUCAGAGAGUGGGGUACCAGGGUACAAAAACUGACUGGUGCAACAAAGUCCUAAAUCUGCACUGAUACUAUCAGAUGGAUUCAAAAUCAAUAGGUAAAGCUUGACCAGAAGACGUUGAUUAUUGACACACAAACAGCCCAAGUACGAACAAAAGUACUUCUCGUAUUUAAUUGAGCACCUGUGACUUUGACCAAACCACACACACCCCUCUCAUGAGUUAAGGCCUUUCAUAUCAGCAAGACUUAUCUUUUCCAAAGGCUGUCUUGGUCACAUUUAAUUUAAUGCUGGUGCUGCUUUGCAACCAAGUAGCCCAUUUUUAGGUGAGAUUAGCAAUGGAGGUGUCACGUUAAAAUUGUACCGGGGGCGAAAAUUGUACCGGCCUACGUCAUCAGUUGUUUACAUCUUGACAACCUGCCGACAACAUUCGGCUCAUGUUUCCA